AUGGCCUUGCAAGUGCAGGCCACACUUCACACUACAAGAUCCACACGAGCUUCGUUAUUAUCUCCAACACUCUCCAAAUCCAGUUCUUCUUUGAAAUCAUCUUUCUUCUCUCGUUCCCUUAACCUCGUACUUCAUCCUAAUCAACAACAUAGUUUUCUUUAUGGACCUCCUAGGUUUACCAUGCGUCUAGCUUCCAAACAAGCUUAUAUCUGUCGUGACUGCGGGUAUAUUUACAAUGAGAAGAGCCCCUUUGAGAAAUUGCCUGAUAAAUACUUCUGCCCCGUUUGUGGUGCUCCAAAACGAAGGUUUAAGCCCUAUGCUCCACCUGUCAACAAAAGUGCAAAUGAAAAAGAUGUUAGAAAGGCACGAAAAGCUGAACUCCAAAGAGAUGAAGCAAUUGGGAAAGCACUUCCUAUUGCAGUUGCCGUAGGAGUUGUAGCUCUUGUGGGAUUAUACUUCUAUCUCAACAGCACAUUUUAG